CCCUACUUCCCUUGGUGUUCACUCGCGGAAUCGAACCUCGUAGAUUGGCUGGCAUCUAGUGGGCUCUCUAAAGCAAAGAUCGACAGCUUCCUACAACUUGAAUGGACCCGGGACCAUCCUUAUCUGCCAUCAUUCCCGAGUGCAAGCAAUAUGUUUGAGAGGAUUGAGACCUCGAUGCCAACGGGCCCGGACUGGUUCAAGACAGAGAUUACCUUGUUGGAUGCGCCAACUGAACCUCAAACAUUCUUCUAUCGCGACAUAAUCGACUGCGCCAAGUUCCUCUACUCCAACCCAUCCUUUCAG